GAUAAUGGCUGCGUCUCAGAUGCAUUACAUUUCCUUCAGGCACAGAAUCUGGGAGCUGUUGAUCUGGGGAGCGGAUACCGGGCGAAGUACUUCAAGCACUCCCGGAGACCGCCCGACGGUUUGCUGAUCGCCGUGAAGAGCGGCGCCUUCAAAACCUCUCCGGAGUGGAUCCUUGGCGAAGAUCAAGGCUUCGCGCUGGGAGGCCGGAGCAAGAGCCGAAGCUUCCGCUUCCUUCUUCAGGGCGUUGACUUGGAACACCAGUGUGGGGCAAAGAUUCGCGUCGUCACCGGGCACAUGAAAGGGGGUCGUCCUGCGCAGCUCCAAGCCUUCGCAGAGUUUGCUUCCGCGGAGAGCUCCGCCGAUGUAGAGAUCCUCACAGCAGAUUUCAACGAGGAUUUUGCAGAACAGGGGCGAAGUGAAGGUAUUAUUCGAUGUCCAUUUGGACACAAGGAAAGGCACUACAGCACGCUGCCACGCGGCGCGGACUUGCCUCAACUCUCGCGCCCGCCGAACAAGCAGGCCCCCUACUGCCUUCAACUUUCCACCCACAAGAUCAAAAUCUUCACGCUCGUAAUAUCAGGGUCCAUGAUGCCUCUGAGCCGAAGCUUGCGAGACGUGCAAGCCUGA